CCAGCUGCGAUUAGGUUUGAUAGCAUCGUUUCACGCUGUUGUCCUUUUGAUUUACACACACUCGGAUGGGCUUCCAGGUGGCUUCCCGGCUGAGCAUUGUGUGAAGUGAAGAGGCGGUACAGAAUCCAUGUCUUUCUUGGGGGACCCGCCUUUCUCCCCCGUUUCCAGCCUGUCCUUCAACCUCAACGGACUGUCCUGCCAGGAAAGUGACACCCCCAAGCGCAGACUGAAGCUAUCGCCUGAGAAUGGAAAUCCAAGCCCAGAGGCCUUGCUCGUUGCUAUGGAGAUCAAGACUCCCACAGGUCGAUCACCUAGAUCACCACAUGGACUGGACACGCAGAGAAGAAGCAACAGCUGGACUCCAACAAGACAGACAACCCCUAGGCCGAUGAGGCUUCUGGAUAAAAUUCGGAUGAACUCAGAAGGACGUUUGUGUCAAUUGGAAAAGGAAAAUGACUAUGGCCAUGAGCGAUCAACAGCUGCUCUCUCAACGCCUCCGAAUCAGAGCGGCACCAAGCGUGGUGAGUUGGCAGAAGGGCUUCAAACCCCGGCUCAGAAAAAAAGGAAAAGCGGAUUCCACAGAAACUUUGAGGAGGGAAAGGCCUAUAAUACCCGGCGUUUGUUCUGGUCUCAGGAGAUUGACACUGAAGUAGUUCCAGAUUCAGAUGGAAAGGAAGUCAUCGGAGAUACCCAAACCUGUCUUUUGCCCGUGGCGGAGGGAAAGCAUCAGGAUCUGAGAUAUAUUACUGCUCAGUCAGUGGCAGCUUUGCUCGUUGGGGACUUUGAUCAUCUUAUUGAUGGCUGCAUCAUUGUGGAUUGUCGUUACCCUUAUGAAUACGAGGGGGGGCACAUUAAGGGAGCACUGAACUUGUACACCGAGGAGCAGCUCAUCAAUACGUUCUUCCCACACCAGCGGUCACCCCAGCCAGUGAGGAGGCGCACUGUCAUCAUCGUUCACUGCGAGUUCUCCUCCCAGCGAGGACCCAGCGUCUGCCGGAGCCUGAGGAGGAUUGAUCGGAAUGUAAACCAGUAUCCCAGGCUCUGUUUUCCUGAACUUUACAUCCUGAAGGAUGGCUACAAGCAGUUCUUCCAGCAGUUUGAGAUGCUCUGUGAACCGCGGGGGUACGUUCAGAUGCACAACAAGGAUUAUAGGGAGGAACUGCUCAGCGCACGCAGAAAGGCACGACUGGUGUCCGGCCGCUGCAGGCAGAAGGAGCUGUUCAAAGCAGCAAAUAGACGCUGAAGACAAGAGAAGGUUUCUGCUCUGGACCAGUGCCCGAGGAACCCGACGCCACCAGUGCUAACCUGUCAGGCAGCUACUCUCCAUCACCCUAUUCAGCAUCUUUCCCUCAGUCCUUUUCAAAGUCCAGAAAUGUUCUCCAUUUCAGCCAGAACAUCUAGUGCCCUAUUGAACAUUCCUGGAUCAGGUACAGUGUGGUUAGAUACAGAGUGGACCUCCCUCUACACUGUCCCAUCACACACUCCCAGGGCAGGGACAGCACAGGUUAGAUACAGAGUGAAUCUCCCUCUACACUGUCCCAUCACACACUCCCAGGACAGUGUCAGCACAGGUUAGAUACAGAGUGAAGCUCCCUCUACACUGUCCCAUCACACACUCCCAGGGCAGGGACAGCACGGGUUAGAUACAGAGUGAAGCUCCCUCUACUCUGUCCCAUCACACACUCCCAGGGCAGGGACAGCACGGGUUAGAUACAGAGUGAAGCUCCCUCUACGCUGUCCCAUCACACA